CAGCGAACGUGCAGGGAGCAGGCCCAGAAAGUACAAAAUAUUUAACAAGACUUCAUCAGCAAAGCAAAGAUGGAAAGAAGAGGACUCUUCUCCCUGUUUUAUCUGCUCGCCAUGUCCAGUGUCGCAGGCCAGCUUGAAGAUGUCAUUACACAAGCAAAAGUGGUCCGUGCUUUACCGGGUACUGAUGUGACCCUGGUGUGCAGCUUCCCAAGAUCAGAUCACAUCUAUGUAACACAGGUGCAGUGGUCCAGGAUUGAUGACAACCAACUUACCAGAAUAGCUGUUUAUCACCCCACUUACGGCAUCCAGUACUUCAAAUUUCCCGAGACUGCUUACAACUUUUCAGUGUCCUUCAGCAUCGGGAACUGCUGCAGCAGCGAUGCUAAAGAGGCUUCGUGUUCUCCUGGCCCAAAUACCUUUCCAGAGUGCAGCCAGUGGGCUCUGCAGCUGAAAAACGUUAGUGUGUCCCUGAGCGGGCAAUACGAAUGCAGUCUCGCUACUUACCCUUUUGGGACAAAGGCAGGAAAAAUUCAGCUUAUAGUCCAGGCAGAAGAGGAGCAGCAUUAUGUGAAGGAAGUGCAGUUAAACCAGACUUUAGAAAUUCCAUGCCUUGGGAACGUGACCUCAGAAAAUCUGUCCAAUUAUCCUUUGAAAUGGCUAGUGGGGGAAAACGGAAGGAAAGAAGAACUUGUAACUAAGGAGCCCUCCUCUCCUGAAGUAUAUAGGAAUGACAAUGCAUUGUACAGAGAAAGAAUACACCUGGGUCUGAAUAAUGCUCUAAAGAUUUUCCCCACUAAGCUCUCUGAUGAUGGCAGGAUGUUUUCGUGCCACGUGGCGUACCACCCAGAGCGAACCCGCAAGAGCAGCACCACAGUGAGAGUGCUGGCCUACCCUGAAAUCUCUGCUAGCCUACAAGAGGGCUCAGCUGGCACCUUGCAAAAGCCAAAUAUUAGCUGUGUCGUGAGGAAGGCGUUUCCCAAGCCCAGCCUGGUGUGGUACGUGGACAGAGAGAUCCUGAGGGACCAGUCUGGAGAAAUGUCUGUUAAACAAGAAGAUUCGCAAGAUAGUGAAGGUUUCUAUCAACUAAGAUCAACGCUAAUGUUACAUGGGAUCCACCAGGCACAUAAGAUAUUCUUGUGUGCAUGUCUCUUUUCUUUCCUCAGGAAUGAAACAUGGAAUGUUUCAUCAGAAGAAAUAUUUUUUUCUUUUGACAAUAAGUCUAAUGAAGUCUCAAUUCAAGCUUUCUCCACCGUGGCUUCAGAAGAGAAUCGGUCUGUAUCUUUGGCCCCUCUGGAUUUCACAAGUCGAGCAAGCUUAGCUCCUGCUACCGCGACACAAGGCUCUGGGAAGAACAUGAAAGCCCGUCCCUUCCCCUGGCCAACGGCGGUAGCAGUCCUGCUUCUGCUCUGCAGUUUCCUGAUAGUUUUAGGGAUCUGGAAAUGGUGUCAGUAUCAAAAAGAAAUUAUGAACAGACCUCCGUCUUUCAAGCCACCACCACCGCCAAUAAAGUACACAUCCAUGGUGGAGUCUGAUGGGACUCCCCCAUCCUGCCACGAACUGGAAAGCCUGUAGCAUUAUCUACACUGCCUAUGCAGUGCACAGAAGACGACUGACACAGUUAAAAGGCUCUGCCAUUAAAGCAGUGAUUACAGGAGGUUGGUGUUAAUGACCCAUAUUAAAAUUCAGAGUGCCUAAAUGACAUUAAUGUUGGAAGCUGAGCACUCCUGAGCACACUUACUUAAUCCCAUCUAUCUCCAUAGAUGCAUUAUGUUAACACCAUUGUGAGUGUCACAGUGAGAUUAUAUGUGCUUAAUUUGAAUUGCGUAAUCAACUGGGAAUUUGCUGUCUUGUUAAUGGGAGUAGAUUAACAUAUCACUCCAUAAGCCUGCCUAAAGAAAGUGUUGAAGCUUUUUGUUUUGGUGAGUGUAUAGAGAUGACAGCUCUGCGGUAUGGAAGCCAUGAUUACGUAGGAGUCCUUGCCCUGUUACAAGCUUUUUGAUACAUACCUGAGCAGUUCUGAUAAUUAGUACUUUUUUACUGCACAAAUAUUGACUAAUCUGACACAGUAUGUAAUUUUCUAUCAGUGUAAAACCAAAAAAAAAAUCAAUAGCUUGGACUGAAAGGAAAUAGCCUGCAUCUGCCAUCAUGGGUUUGCUGCACCGAAUCACUGGCAGGAGCUGAUAAAAUAAAAGGCCACUGUGCAGGCCUGGUGUAAUUGUUUGCAAAGAAGAUCUGGUUGCCUUUUAUGAAGACCCAAGAAAGAGUAAACCUGGGCUCAUUUACAAGCCAUUUCUGGACCACAGACCUAAGGAAUCCAGUGAAAAAUGAACCCAACAGAAAGGGCCAGCCCUUUCAGAAGUGCUGUUUUUUUGAAACAGUAAUCACUCUCAAAUCUGUUUUUCUGAAUAUUAUAUUUAUAGUGCACAAGAAGAAAGGAAUAUAAUUCUCUAAUCCUCCUUUGCUGUUGAUCAGCUUCUGUCACUUAUUAUCUUCAGAUAUUCCAAGACCCGCAGGGUAGUUUCCCAUGUGGCUUAAGCCUGCAGAAGGGACAGUCCAGUCUUACCCCUACCCUGCCCUGGUAUUUCCCUGUGUUGGCACUAACGAUUAAACCACUACGCUGUGGACUGGGUCAGACCAGCCUGCCAAAUAGCUCUCAUCCAGGUCAGCAGCUGCAGGAUUACUGACGCAAGACAAAAGAGAGGCAAC